GCUUUUUAUUGCUGUGAUCCAAUUUUAAUGACUCUAAUGAAGUGAACUUUUUUGGAAAUGCGAGGAUAUGGUAUGAAAUAAUUUUCAAUUUUGAGGUACAGUUUGGAAGUUUACAUAAUGACAACGCCUUAAAGAGCAACACAAUUCCUUUUUGUACAAAUUUAUUAAUUGGAGAUAGCUGACAACCCCUCGCUGCCCUACAAAAAUUAACUGUUUAAUUUGUUAGCGCUCUAUUUUCUUUAUUAUUCAGUUAUUGGUUUAACCCAAUUGUGAAUAUUUACUGAUUGCAACAAAUCAUUUAAAAACAAAAAUACUUUUAUCAGAACCCAAAAAAUGUCAAAAAUACUUUCAACAUCUUCGCUAAAUUCUACUCCAAUUUGUGCAAUAAUUCGUCAUUUAUACAAAAAUUCACCUUCAAUUCUUCGAUUGUUUUAUGUGGCACAAACUUUGGGAGCCUUUAUCUCAUUAAUCGCAUUAGCUUUUGGAAUGUUGCAGUUAUGUACUAAACAACCAAUUCAACUACCUAUUAGUUCGCUUUUAAUGAUGCUUAAUUUAUGUGUUGCUUUGUUACUUGCUAAUGUUGGUGUUGCUUUAUCUUCUCUCUAUAAUUUGCAUGUACCUCUAAUUCGUGCACCAUCUUCACAUUGUUAUUGGCUUAGUUUUUCAUUCAUUGACUGUUUAGCAAUUCGAACACUUUUAAAUGUUUCAAUAUUCGCUACUUAUAUGGCUGGGGCCUGUUUAGCCCUUGAAAGAAUGGCUGGUUCACUUCUCUAUAUUCGUAGGACAAAGUCUAAAAGAGCUAUUGCAAUCUUUUUGGUUAUUUUACAGUGGUUAAUCUCAAUUUUUGUUGCUAUUCCUCCAAUUUUAUCUUCUUCAACUAAUCCAGCAACACUUGUAUCUCCUCAUUGUGCUCUUUUAACUCCUUCCCCAACACAAACAAGGCCUUUAUUCUUUGCGAUUCUUGGAAUUCAUGCCCUUGUUUUGGCCAUUUAUUCAAUUUUAACAUAUCAUCAUCAUUUUGAUCCACAGAUCGCAGUUGAAGUUACUCGCCAAAAUCCACUAGUUCUUGAACAAGUACAUUCAACAGAACAAACAUUACCUGCUGCGGCUACAACUGUUGGAUUAUUUAUAUUGAGUACUUUAUUAGAUAGACAAUUUUUGAUAGCGUUAGCUAAUUCUUUUGGUUUUGGAGGAAUAGAAAAAAUGGAUGAACGUUCAAUAUUGAUAGCCUUAAACAGAAAUAAAAGGCCAGAAAUGAAAGUUGAAGUUUUAGCUGAAGGAAUAUUUAAAGUUGCGUUUUGGAGUGAAUUUCAGACUUUGGCUAUUCCUUUCAUAAGUCUAAUAUUGGUGGUUGUUCUCCAGGCUCAAGUAUGUUCACAAAGAAUUGCUCAAGAAGAAAUUUAUGAACGUGUUGGAGGUGCAGCUGAUAAUAAGUCCGGACAAUCGUGAUCUAUAUUUAUUUGGCUUAUCUUUUUUCAUAAUUUAUAUAUCAAUUCAAAGCUCUUGAUAUUCAGAUUAUAUUUUCCAAUAGAACUGAAAAGAUCCAAUCAUUCCUCAAGAAGUUAUCAUCUGUUAAGUCCGGAAAAUCGAGAUUCCUAUUUUUAUUGAUUCCUACCUUUUUUGAACUUCAUCUUUUCUCAUGAUUUAUACGUCGAUCGAAAGCUCUGGGUCUGCUGUUUCUUAUUACUAAUGGACUGAUAGGAUCCGUUAAGUCCAUAACGAGUUAUCAGCUGUUAGGUUCGAAAGAUCGUGACUUCCGAUUUUACUGGGGCAUCUUUUUUCGUUUAAAUAUUGAAAC